AUGCCAAUAGUUGAUAGUGAUGUACACGUUAAACAUUACGAUUUUGUAUUUCCUGUUGUGCGACAAAACAAUUCAACGGAGCCAUCAGCAACUCUUUAUUACAAAAAGAUAGAAAAGUAUAUUACCAAAAAAUUUGGUCCUUUUUUUACGUUGGACGAAAGUUAUCCCCUUAAAGUGAAUGUGAGUACAUAUGCUACAUUGAAGUUGAAAUAUGAGCAACCAAUACACAAAAACAAGACUCAUUACCCACAAAAGUUAUUUCUAGCUAUGAUCCAUACAAUGCCAAAUAAAAUUCAAAACAUUAUCAACAUAAGAAACACAUGGUGUCAAGAGAAACAUGAACUUGAAUUUGGAUUUAAAUGUAUUUUUAUAUUAGUUAAAGGUAGUGUUGAAAAAUCAAAUAAAACAACAACAUUUAAAGAAAUGAAUUCAACAAAACAAGACAUUUACUUUGUUGAAAUGCCGUUUUUAAACGAAGAGUGGAACACUUUGUAUCAUAAAGAUAUUGCUUCUUAUAUUCAGUUGUAUCCUAUAUUCAAAGAUUACAAGUUUUAUGGACGUUUUGACAAUCAUGUCAUUGUUAACGUCGACAUGUUGAGUGACAUAUUGAUUGAGCUUCCGACAAAUGGAACUGUUUUUGGAGGAUUUAACUUUCAUGGACCCUUUAGAAACAAAAAGCAUAAAUACUAUGAUAUGUUUGCUCAACCAUUCAAAAAAUAUUAUCCAUUUGUUGCAGGUUACAUUGCUUUAUAUUCAAAUGAUAUGGCGGAAUUCUUUUCAACUUGGGAUAAGUACUUCCAAAUACCACCAAGUUCACUUGAAGACACUCCUUUUGGAUUUUUGAGCUAUAAAUACGCAAUGGAAAAACAUAUUAAAUUGACAUUUGUGCGACCAAAACAAAUUGGAACGGGGCAUUCAGGACAAUAUGAUAAAAAUUAUAUAAUUUUUCAUAGAGCCCGCGAAAAUGAUCUAGUUCAGUUUUAUAACAGGUCUGUAAAGGACGGGCAUUUUGUCAAUUAA